UCGUCUCGUGUAAUAUAUAAUAACUCACUCGUUACACAAAUACCAAACACACAAACUCUUCACUCGCAAUAUUACUUGACUCUCAAGUUGGUUUCCAUUCAAGAGAAAAUACCAUAUCACAAAAAUGAUUAAUCUUCGCAUUCCUAUUCUAGUCUCUAUUAUGUUUUUCCUUGUUUUUAUUUCGCCCUUUUUGUUUGCUACGCCUGUUUUUGCUGCUAGAGUAGGUCGAUCUCUAGUCCAAGAAGAGGUCACAAAGAUUCCACAAUAUAAAAAGCUUGAGGAGACGGAGAUUCCAGAAGAGCCAGAGAUCCCAGAAGAGCCUGAAAUUCCUGAGGAACCAGAAGAGCCUGAAAUUCCUGAGGAACCAGAAGAGCCAGAGGUUCCUGAAGAACCGGAAGUUCCUGAGGAACCUGAGGAGCCACCAAAGGAGUCAGAAGGAUCAAGUUUUGAAUUCCCCUCGUGGAUUCCAAGCUUCCCUUUUCCUGGUAAUAAUGGCGGUUUUCCAGAGACUGAAAAGACAAAACCUACAAGUGUUUCUGAGGAAACUUCUAGUGGUUCGAACAAGAAGCCAUAGAUCAAUGAAUUGAAAACAUUAAGGGAAUCUAUAUUCUGCUCUUGCUUGAUUAUUGAUAAAUAAAAGUACAUUUGUAAUUAUAAGUUGGUUUGUGUUUUAUGAAAUACGAGAGAGUACUUAUUAACU